AUACUUAAAUGGUCGGGUCUUGUAUUGAUCUCUGGUUCACUUUCUCAUUUUGGUUUCUCUCUUUCUCCGAACUCAUUGAAGAGCUGGAAAAAGCUUGAUUUUGCGACAAUGUGGAAGCUUAAGGAGUCUAUGUUGGGAGGCAAUGAAGACCAAGGAGAGGAGGGCCUCUUGGAUGACGAAUCAGACGGCUUUUGUUCUCUCUCUCCCAUGCAGAGAAUUUAUGGGUUCGCCGGGUGUUUGAUCGCUGGUCUGGUUUGCAUGUUCCUGUCAUUGAUUGUUUUUGCCAAACCUAUCAAAUUUGCAGUACUGUUCACCUUUGGCAAUGUGUUGGCAGUUGGAAGCACAGCAUUCCUCAUUGGACCUGGGCAACAAAUGAGGAUGAUGUUUGACUCUACCCGUGUCUAUGCAACUGCUAUUUACCUUGGAUGUGUUGUUAUUGCUCUCAUUUGUGCUCUCUGGAUCCACAACAAGAUUUUAACAAUAAUUGCGAUCAUAAUUGAGUUCUGCGCCCUUGUGUGUGAUGAGCUGCUUCAGGUACAGUCUGAGUUAUAUCCCUUUUGCUCGGAGAAUGGUUUCUGAACUGAUGGUACGAAUAUGCGACACCGAGCUUUAGAUGAUGCAAUUCAAACAACUUGAUUAACUGAGAGACUUGAAAUUUUUGGAUGCAUUCUUUCUUUGUUCUAUUGUUAUUGAUGGUUGAGUUGGCAGACCAGGUUUUGUGCUGGUCCUUUUAGGCUUGUGAUUGUUAUGGUAAAAGAUAAUUGUAUGUUUUUUGGCUACUUCCCAUUCACAUUGUUAUAUUGUAUUCUGCAAGAGGAUAAGUGCA